AUGCUGGUUUGGACCUAUAAACUUCUGUAUGGCUUGGGUCUGGGAUAUUUGAAGGACCAUACCUCUUUCUAUGAGCCUGUUAGAAGACUAAGGUCUGAAGAGGGCCUUCACUUUGUCCCACAGGGCCUUUUUGGUGGCUGCUCAACACAGACUUUGGAGCUCUCUUCAAAGAGAGAGAUGCAACACAUUGAAAAUGAAAAAUUGAAGAACCAGACUAUUAUAUCUGAAUUCAUACUUCUGGGAUUUGGGGAUCUUCAAAACUUCCAAGCUCUACUCUUCCUCAUUUUCUUACUGAUCUAUUUGGGAACCAUGGCUGGAAACCUUCUCAUUGUUUUCCUGGUUGCGACUGAUCGACACCUUCACACUCCCAUGUACUUCUUCUUGGGGAACCUGUCCUUCUUGGAAUCCUGCUGUAGCUCAACUGUCCUGCCAAACAUGUUGUCAAAUUUUUUGAUAAGAGGAAAAAGCAUAUCUAUGAGAGCCUGUUUUGUGCAGUUUUUGACUUUUGCCCUCUUGGGAGGGGCUGAAUGCUAUCUCCUAGCUAUGAUGUCUUAUGACAGAUACUUGGCAAUAUGCAAGCCACUCCACUAUGCCACUAUUAUGAAUGCCAGGAUGAGUGUUCAAUUAACAGCUGUCUCUUGGGUAUGUGGUAUAUUGGUUAGCACCAGUUUAACUAUGAAAGUGACAGAGCUCUCUUUCUGUGGCUCUAGCGAAAUUGAUCAUUUUUUCUGUGAUGUCAUUCCAGACAUCAGAUAUAUCUCUUGCAGUGACACACAUUCAGUUGAACUACACUCUUUUGUAUAUGCCUGUGUAUUCACUUUCCCACCCUUUAUCCUCACCCUGUCAUCCUAUGUUUUCAUCAUUGUUACUAUCCUUAGGAUCCCAUCAACCUCAGGGAGGCAGAAGGCCUUCUCUACCUGUUCCUCACAUCUCACUGUAGUUGCCUUGUAUUAUGGAACACUUAUGCUUGUCUAUCUUCUGCCUCAUUCCAGACAUUUAAUUCGCAUAAAGAAAACAUUUUCUUUGUCCUACACUGUCCUGACUCCUAUACUUAACCCCCUCAUUUACAGCCUGAGAAACAAGGAAGUGAAAGAAGCCAUGAGUAGGGUUUUAAGAAAGUUAAUCUUUAAUGUGGCACUUCAAAAAGUCCGCCUGUUAAGGUUAAAUAGGCAGCACAAGUAA